UGUCACUGUACAGCAGACGCAGGCUGAAGACUUCAGUUUAGUACGGUUGAAAAGUUUAAAGUUGUCGUAAACCAUGAAAGGAACGGCUAAACGCAAGGUGGUGACAUCAGGGAGGCUGACAGGAGGUGUAAAAGUGCAGCCUACCCAGAGAAGAGUGACUCCAAACCCCGGGCGGGCCGCCUGCCCUGAGCCAGCCCACUCUCUGUACUCCACAGACUCUGAAGACCAGGUCACCACUCUGCAUAAGGGACUAGACCGCUGUGCUGCCUUGCUCAGUGGUAUCCUGCAGGCUGACAAAGCAGAGCCCUCACCAGGCUCUCCCAGAGCAGUGAAAGGUGGAGCAGCCAAAUCAAGAUCAUCCACCUCACUGAGGAAGAAGACUAUCAAGAAAACACCUUCAAAGACAGAUCAAAAGAGCUCACAGUCAGUUCAUCGUGGACCAGGCAGCACAACACCAAGAACUCCACAUCUGUUCUGUAGUCCAGCUCCACACUCAGGAGUGACACUCCAUCCACCUCAGAAACAAACUCACACACUUCUGCAGUCUCACUUAUCUCCAUCACAGAGUCAAACACGUAAGCUCCCCUACUGCACCCCCUCUCCCCCAGAGCCCCAGCCCUCCAUCCUCCUCUCUGUAUCACAGUCCAACUCUCAGUCCAACCAGCCUGACUACCUGUCUGGUCCUCAUGAGGCCUCCUGUGAUGGAGAACCUGAGGAUUUAGUGCCUGUGAGAGACAUCAAUAUCCAAAGUUCUACUACAGAUCCACAUACUGGUGUCAGUGAUGCACACUCUCACAUACAUACCUGCACCAUGAGGAUGUCUAAGCUGCAGCUGGAACAUGGACAGGUUGAGGAGGGGAGUGGGGAGGACAGCAGUGCAGAGAAAGAAGUGAAGCUGAGGAGGAUGCAGUAUCUGCUGGCAGAACUCAAGACUCUGAUCUCUGGACAAGGCAGUGUAGCAGAAAGGCUGUUCAGCCAUCUGGAGCAGACUGUGUCCUCAUCACUGAUGAAUGUCAGUAGUUCAAACACUCCAGAGUGUGCAGCAGACCUCCAGUCUCUACUCAGCCAGAACAUGCAGCUCUUCAGGCGUGUGAAGAUUCUGAACCAGCAGUUAAAGGAGCGAGAGAAGGCAGAGCGGCAACAGAACAUGAACACACUCUGUGACUCCCAAGUGUUGACUCUGCAGGAGGAGCUCACCUCUGCUCAGUCCCGUCUGCAGGAACUCCAGGAUGACCUUGCAGAACUACGGAAAGCCCUGCAGGACACACACAGCCAGCUUAGAGACAAAGAGGCAGAGAAUGCACUCAUGAAGACAGACUUGGAGGCCACUACAUACAAGUUGGUGCACAGUGAGAGAGAGAAAAGUGAGUUGAUCUCACUCGCCCAGCAAAGACUGGAAGAGAUAGAAAAGCUCAACAGGAUUCUUCAGUGUCACGACUCAUCUGAUCAUCACACACUUGUUAACAGCUCAGUGUCGGAUGCUCCAACAACAAAGCGACAUCAGCAGAGACAGGAUCCAGCAGAGCUCCCCAAAGACCGCAUCACUCAGUACUUGAUGUCUUUGGAUCAGCUGGAGCCCACACACAUAGACGGCAAUGUGUGUGUGGCUGCAGAGAGGGAAGAAGGAGAAAAGAAAGUGAGAGAAACAUCAUCACAGCCUUACAUGAGGUCACACUGCCUCAGCUCAGAUGAAGUCCAGUUAUGUGGCCUGCAGCUGGGGAAGGAACGCAGGCGCUUGUUUGACUCCACACUCUCUCAGUGUGAUGUGGAGACUGUCACAUCUGAGUGGAGCUUGAGGUCAGGGUCGACCUUUGACACCAGAGAUGAAGCAGCGUUCAGAGACGGUCUGGCAGCUCUGGAUGCUAGCAUAGCCAGUCUGCAGAAUACUAUUAAACUGGAUUUGGGGAGAUGAUAUUCACUCAGUUGACAGCUUGAUUUUAAAUGAGCUACUCUUGCUGUCGUGUUUUAAUGUGAUACAGUGUGAUGUAAUGUGAUAUUUAACAUUGAAAAUAAAGGAUUGUUUUGAUUUAGUCUGUUGAACUUAAAGACUGUGUAAAGUGAAUUCAGACAUUUUCUUCUAAACACAUUAAAUAGGUCAUAAAUGUAUUUCUAAAAAAGGUGUAAAAAGCAUUUCAACCAUUUAGAUUUGAAUUGUGGA